AUGGCGACCGCGUGCGGCACAGCACAGCAGAGCAGAGCAGAGCUGGGCACCCCCUCCUCUCUGGGCACACACGUGACGCGGCGAGAGCCCCGCCCCGCCCCAGAAUCCGGGAGAGCCACGCCGCCGUCUGAACCCGUGCCGGGCUCGCCGCAAGCCCCAGCCAGCCGGGAAAACGUGCGCCACGCCGCGCCCCCCUCGGCCCCCAACUGUUCGCUCGUGCUCGAGCCCACACGCUACCGCGGCUAUGGUCAAGGUCAAGCCACCCUCCCCCCAGCCAGCCGUACGCCCGCGUGCGGUGCGGCCCCCCCGCGAAAGGCACACGCGGGGCCCGUCAUCCCCACGAUUUUUCCUCCGCCCGGCCGCGAUCAGGGGAGCGGCUGCGCGCCCGAGAGUGGAGACGGGAGGCGCGUCGUCGUCGGUUGGAGAGGCAAAUGCAGUCAGACACUUCCGCCGGCCAUUCGGGUCCUCUGCUCCUCGUGCUCCUCUGCUCCCCGCCGGCCAUUCGGGUCCUCUGCUCCUCCGCGCCGCUUGCCGCCCCCAUGGCCACGGCCGCACAGGGGAGGGGCUGUCGUGGCCGCCGCGCGCCGCCGCGUCGCCAUCUACCACUGCCUCGCCGCGCUGCACCGCCUCGACGGCGACGUGCACGCGCUGGCCGUCGCCCGGGGCCUCCUCUUCACGGCCUCCGGCAGCGGCCGGGUCCGCGCCUGGGCCGCGCCCGGCUGCUUCAACCGCGACUACCUCGACGUCAGCCGCAGCCGCGUCCCGGCGCUCGCUGCCUGCGGGGGCACGCUCGUCACCUCCCACAGCGGCGGCCUCUCGCUCCUGUCCUCCGCGCUGAUUGAAGCUCCUCCGCGCCGCCCUCCACGCCGAUUGAAGCUCCUCCGUGCCGCCCGCCGCCGAUCUCCAGUGGGCGGCGCCCCCGAGCUCCAAGUCCGGCCCGCCGAGGCCGACGCCGCCAGCCCAAGGCCGCGCAGCGCGGAGCUCCUGCGGAUCAAUCAAUCUGGCCUGCCGAUCGAAACUGAUUAUGUCCAGCCAGUCGACGUCAUAAGCUGUAUUCUUGUGCCUAACGUCGCCUAG